AAAUUAAAUGAUGCAUUACACCCAUAGACUGGUUACACCACUUGGGUGUGGGCAAAUGUUAAAAAUAUGACUCACUUGUGUGUGCUGAUGCUUUUCAGUAGAAAUCCCCGAGCUGCUCCUUAGAGUGAUGAGUCAACUUUUUUUAGUCUUGUAGGAUUGAAGCUAAAUUGAACAAACUGUUACAAGUUUGUCCAACUCUCUGUGUGACAGGUUAACAAACAAAUGAAGAUUUUUGACUAAUUGUCUGAUACCCUUCACCUUUGCAGAUGGAAAUGUGGCAUUUAAGGUUCAGACAGGCAGUAAUGUAAUCACAUGCAGGUGCAGUCAGUUAAAGGGCAAAAUGCAGUCUGUGGGUUUUGUAACCAUGUGUGUUUGUCACUUUCUUCCUGCAGAGUGAUGAAGGCUUCUUUGACCCAAACAUGGCCUUGCUUUAUAAGAUUGCUGCUGCUAGGAAAACAAGACUUCCAGGCUCACAUAUUCACUGCAAAUACUGCUGGUGGAUGGCACAGUGCUAAAGCUGUAAAAGAAAGAAGAGGUGAAAGAAACUGUAGUGCUGGAAGCACUGAGGGCUCGUUCUCAUCUACAGAGACUAUGUGUGCUUCCUUGCAACUGUGUCUUUUAAAACUGGACCGCAGUGAUCAUCAGCAGAGAGAGGCUACGUUUUACAACAGCACUGCCAAAGCUAUUUUGUCCAACAGUUUCAAUCUGUCUUGGUUUUCACCAUCUGCUAAAAACAACCUGGCUGUUCCUCAGUCGUGCAAUUCAGUGGAAGUGUUAUCAGAUCUAAGGAAGUGCCAUGAGCAUUUAAUGAGCAGAACCUGCCUUCAACACUGGAAAAAUCCUCAGGACACAAGCCUCUCUUCACUCUGGUUCUCCAAUAAGAGGCAAUCUAAACUUUUUCAAAGCUGUUUAGCCUGCAGUCAGCACUUCAUCAGGCCUUUGAGCACUUCAGCACGCAAAUUAUGGGUUUUUAACCACUUUCACAUGAGCUUUGUACCAUCCAUCCACAUUUUGCCACAGUCUAGAGCUGCCCAUCAAACACCCUCUUACCAGGCAACACCCUUUAGGGACAUCCUGUCCCUGGAGAAUGAAAUGAGGUGUCGACAGGCCCUGCGGCCCAACCUGAAACUGUAUGAGUUGAACAUGACAAAUGGGGCAGUUCAGAGGCAGGGAAAGGACAAAAACUGGGCUUCCAUCUUGGUUUCUCUCUGCUCUUUGGACGGGGACCCAGCCUUUCUCUUCACACUGCGCUCUAGCACCUUGAAAGGCAGGCACAAGGGACAUGUCAGCUUUGCUGGAGGUAAGAAGGAUCCGUCAGACAGUGACGUGGUGGCCACAGCGCUGAGGGAGGCCUGGGAAGAGAUUGGCAUUAAUGUGGCAACAGAAAGCGUCUGGGGUGUCUUCAGGCCUCUAAUUGAUGGAUCGUCUGGAUUGAUGGUUGUUCCUGUGCUGGCUAACCUGGGCCCCUUAGAAUCACUGUCCUUCAAGCCAAACCCUUCUGAGGUGGAGGAGAUCUUCACUUUGCCUUUGUCCCACUUGUGUGACUCUCAGAACCGCGGCUACACACACUUCCGCACAGGAGACAAGUACGGAUACACACUGCCGGUGUUCCGUAAUGGGAAGCAUAGAGUGUGGGGCCUGACCGCCAUCGCUCUGGACAAUUCACUGAAGCUCAUCAUCCCACCUUGAAAAGUGCCUCGGCCAAUCAAAGUUCACCUGUCACAUGACUGACGGCGAAGCAAAUGUGCAAGCUGAGAAAACCUGUGACUGUAGACUUCUUCCACGUUUGCUCUGAGGAUUAAUUUAUGUUUAUUUCCUGCACAAUAAGGGAAUCAUUAAUCAGCGACACCUUUCACUUAAGCGCUUUUGGAGCUUUAGCUCCAAAUUUUAAAUUAUUUGUAAACAAAUCUGUUAUCCUGCUGUGUUCUUAAAUAAAAAGGACAAAUGUCUCAUGUU